UGUUGCGCUGCACUGCAGAGCCGAAAGUCACGGCCAUCUGCCGGAUAGAGAGAGCCAACUGUGAAAGGAAUUCAUCAGCUCACACACACAUAUACACACACUCUCACACACAGGACGCAACGUUCCCAGAGUGAAAGGGAAAACCGUGGGGACCGGCGCAUUCGUGAGUACACAGCAAACUGAUAAAUAUGGACUGACCCUUCAGAAACAGCACCAGUUAGUCCUGUGUCCCACCACCGCUUAAGGAAUAUCUAUUUUUAAUAUACAUACCUAUUUUUUUGCUUGUAAGAACUCUUGAGAACUGUUUUUCUCCGAACCAUUCCAUUGUGGACUCCAGCAGAUGCAGAAAGUGGGAGUUUUUUUUUGGUAUUAUUAUUAUUUUUUAUACGCAUCUUUUACGCGCGCGUGUCUAGUGCACAGUGAUUUUUUUUUCCGAGCAGUCAUGCUCGUGUCUCGUGUGGAAAGUUUUAUUCUGGUCAUAUGUAACACAUGCUGCAUGCUGCAGUAACUUCAGUCGCGAGCAUCGCGAGCCUUCCUGCUCUCCUCCUGCAGAGAGCCUGGACUCGCUGUCCUUGCGUCAGUCGAGGCGAAGAAGAAGGAUACAGGAAAAUAGAUACAUUUUUUUAAAACAGACAACAAGAGAGCAACAACUCCAGAACAGGAGAUGAGAAAAUAAAACCAUCCCUUGUGCUGCUUUCCUUCACAACCACUGACUGAAGGACAGUAAAUCAGAAGGCGCGAGUCGGUACAGAGGUGGAGGGAGUACAGGACCGGUUGGUGUCUCCAAAUUUCACCAGGGGGCUCGAGUUUCAGCCGGCCCUGGGCCGUGGUAUUAAAAAGUGAAUUUGACCUGGGAUAAAUUGUCAACAAGAAAAUUGGCAGAGGAGAACUGGCAGGUGUACAAGUUAAUUUGCGUGCAUACAUAUAUUAACACCGUCGCCGCUAUACAUAGUAUUUGUUUUAAGGACUAGCAGUUUAAUACGAAGUACCCCCUCAUCUAUACAACCUUACAACUCCACGCACCGGGCACACAGACGUCCUCUUCGAAUCGAAGAAGCAAUCUGCAUCCGCGAGGGCUGCCCAGUGUCCUGCCGGGUGUUGGUUUGGCUGUGAGGGCGGGAGUCGUCGCAUGGACUGACAUGGCCACCGACCUCGCCAUGAGCGCAGAGCUGCCCAAUAGCCCACUGGCCAUCGAGUACGUCAACGACUUCGACCUACUGAAGUUUGAAGUAAAGAAGGAACCUCCAGAGGCUGACCGUUACUGCCACCGCCUCCCCCCGGGAUCCCUCUCCUCCACCCCGAUUAGCACGCCCUGCUCCUCCGUGCCUUCCUCGCCCAGCUUCUGCGCUCCCAGCCCCGGUGGCCAGUCGAGCCAAAACCUGGACAACGGCGUCAACAGCAACAACAGCGGCAGCAGCAACACCCAGAGCGUUGGCGGUAAGCCUCAGUUGGAGGACCUGUACUGGAUCCCCAGCUACCAGCACCACAUCAACCCCGAAGCCCUCAACCUGACCCCCGAGGAUGCGGUGGAGGCCCUCAUCGGCAACGCCCAUCACCACCAUCACCACCACCAGGGCUACGAGGGCUUCCGCGGACAGCAGUAUGUAGGGGAGGAUCUAUCCGCGACCUCGGCCGGUCACCAUCACCAGGCCCACCAUCACCACCACCACCACGGACACCGCCUCGAGGACCGCUUCUCGGACGAGCAGCUGGUCAGCAUGACAGUGCGCGAGCUCAACCGGCAACUGAGGGGGUUCAGCAAAGAGGAGGUGAUCCGCCUAAAGCAGAAGAGACGCACGCUCAAGAACCGAGGUUACGCGCAGUCCUGCCGCUACAAGCGCGUGCAGCAGAGGCACAUGCUGGAGAGCGAGAAGUGCACGCUCCUGAGCCAGGUGGAGCAGCUGAAGCAGGACGUUGUGCGCUUGGCCAAAGAGCGGGACCUCUACAAGGAGAAGUACGACAAGCUGGCGAGCCGAAGCUACAACGGUUGCGGCCCCGGUAACAACAACAGAGACCCCUCCAACGGAAACCACGGGAAACUGGCCUCCACGGAAUUCUUCAUGUAAGAGACUUACUCGUGACAUGACUUUUGCCCCCUUCUUAAACGUAAUUUUAAGUUUAAUUUCAUUUUAAAUAUAUUAUUUAUAUUUUUCUUUUUGCAUUUUUGUUUACAGUUAUUCCUUUAGGAAAAACACUCAGUGUACAUUUUAUAAGUACAACAUACAGCAUACUGCUUCAUACUUAAAGAAACAAGCAAGGUAGGUGCGCACAUCGGCUAAGUAGCCUAUUUCAUGUGCGCAGAUAUAAUUGUUCGAUAAGUCUUAAAGAUGCUCUUUGAAUGAACUUCAAUACACCAAGACCUCUUGAUCUCGACACGGGAUCACAAACAGUCAAAUCAAUAGACUGAUUAAUAUUUUAUGAUGCAAAAGAUCUCAGAGAAACCCUGAUUAACAUUUGGAGUCUUGUGAAUCAAACUUGGCAAAGUCGACCUACUGAACAGAAAGAAAACAAAACUGAAAUGUUUUUCUCAGACAAUAAACCCCUACUUGUUUGUUUUGAUUCUCUACAUGGCGUCUUAAAAGAGCCUUGAGCAUCUUGAAGCUGGCGGGACUCAAGGAAGAGAACCCGGUAUUGAUUUUAUCAUUGGGACUGAAUUGAAAUCAAAGUGAUCGAACCACGGAAAAAAGCAAUACACCUUUGCAGCUCCUGCAAGCCCCGUUGAUGUACCGGACUGUGAUGAUGGAGGGGACUCCCUGAUAUAGCCUUCCAUCCCCGUUAACGGAAAGGGAACGUUUGAAUAUUGCAAGUCUAGUUCCAUCCCUUUUAGCAACCCUGCAUGCAGGACAUGUAUGGCACGGUAACCCAAACCUCCAGUCAUCUAACACGAAAGCAUGGCCCAUGGUUCUUUCCUCCUGUCUUGGUACUUUCCUCUCCUCCUCUCUCAUCCUUCUCUUCCUUAGAUUAAGGCCAAGGACGCGUCUUAACCGAUAUUUUCAAUCGAUUUUUCUAUUGUUUUAAACAAAACAAAAACAAAACAAAAAUAAAUGAUCAACUGGG